UGAGGAUGAAUUCCUCGAGAUGGUUGAGGAGACACAGGCCAAAGUGUUUGAAGAAAUCAGGAACAAGGUGGAUGCUAAACGGCACAGAGACCUCGAGGACACUCUUGGUGAUUUCAUGGAGCGUGUGAAGAAACAAGCUCCAAUGGCGGCAGCAUUUCCUAACGUGAGCAAGACCUCGCAUCGUCCUAGGACGAUGACAGUUGUUGCCCAAGAUCUGGCUGAAACUUCACGCGAAGCUGCGAGGUCUCUGAUGUCAGUGGUUGUUGCUAACAAGGAGACACGUGUCCAACCAGCAGAAUCUCAUGGUCUGGCUGCUGCAACCAGAGGGGUGCAAGGACCUCACCUGAAUGCAUGCCCUGGGGUGCUUGUGGGUUUGCUUGGCAAAGAAACUGCUGUCCAGGAGCCUGUUGAUGAACCAGAGGACAAGCCUAUGAUUGUGGAUCGCAAAGGCAAGGGGCCGGCUAUUGACGUGGUCUACCGCAGGUGCAGUAGACAGACAACCAUGCAUGAGGUGCUUGGCGUGGCAGGUUCUUCCUCUAGAGAUCAUGUGCAUGUCCAUCAUCCGGUGGUUGCGUCCGUAGACACUGAUAUGACUGAAGCAGUUGUGCCGGAUGCUUUGCAGAUGCAAAAUGAUGGGCUUGCAGGAAUUGCCACGACCACACCAAUAGGGAACAGGAGGUUGGCACUGCCUGGUAAUGGGGAACAAACCAACCCGGUCCCUCUUGCGGUUGUUCCUGCUUUGCCACCUGCACGUGAUUACGGCUACUCUCCAUUUGAGCUGGAUCUACAACAUUUUUUCUACCCUAACCAAGUAUGCCUGGAUUUGUACGAGAGCGUUGAACUUCUCAGUCGGGCUUCUGAGCUCAGCAGGACUUGGUUCGAGCAUCACACCCCCACGGUGCUACAGAUAGAUGGGCAUAAGAUGAAGUACCAAUUCAGUUUGCAUGGUGAGAUGAUGUACAAUGGCCUUGACGCCUGGGUGCGUGGUUGGAACGACAGGGAGAGGAGCAUGAUGCAGAGAGUUGAUAUCCCAAACUGGAGAGGAUUGCUACCACAUGAUGAUGUGCUCCGCAUUGAAAAUAUUGAUACUGACAACGCCCGUGUUGUGCUCAUUGCGAUGCUUUCGACGCCCAAGCUUGGUUUCCCACUCUGCAUGUGUCGUCUGCUCUUGUUCCCUCUGUGGCUUGCUAACGACUGGUCCCUAUACGCCUUCGACAUGGAGCUGACCAGGGUCACGGUGAUGGACCCAUUGUACACGCAGGUGGGGUCACCAGUGUACAAGAGGAAGCACGGGGCGACCGUGCGCAUGCUGCUUAAAGGGCUCAAAAUCCUGGGGACCAUCCUGUUUGGCGGUUGGGAGAUGGAUAUCUCCAAAUGGACUGUUCGGUACAACAUUGAUAUGCACAUAGCUUGUGGUAGCGGUGAAUCGCCUGGCUACAUUGCGCACUAUGCGGACAACUUCAAUGCUUACGAGCUGGAGGAAGCCGUUCCUGAAGUUGGUCUUCCCCUGCGUCGGAAAAGGAUGCUCUAUGAGACAAUUGCCUGCUCGGGUAACACUGCUCCUCACCCAGGAUUCAUGGAGGAAGUGGAGGUGGAGGAGUAGAACACUGGACUCCAUGUUGUCGACAUGUCACCCUUUUGGAGCUGCUGCGUGCAAGGACAUGUUUGAUUACAUCCGGUGAGGAUGGAAGUUGUACUUUUUUUGUAGCUGUCUUGUUGACAGUUCUGUAAGCCCAUUGUGUGAUGGGCUUUGCAAUGUGCUAUGUGUUAAACCUAUGUGGUGCUUGUCUAAGUAUUUUGGCAUGGAACUGUACCAGCCAUUGAAACCUAUGACUAAUCAAUGUUUGUUUCUAUGGAUGGUGUAUGCCGGAACUUAUCAUGGUUGAACUUGUGCUGUUUUCAAGUGUUAAGUUUACUCCCAUAAAAUCACUGUGGAUGGCUCUGGAAGCAGCUCCCUUGGCACGUGACGGGUCUGCCAUGCAGGUGAAUUCAAAAACACUUGUGACCUGUGAGAGCCGUUGCCCACCACUGCUUCCGAAAGGUGACCGUUGGUGGGAGCCCUUGGCUAUAUAUACACCACGUCGGCUAAACUACGUUGGGCUUCACUCCAGCAGCAUCAAAACUUCCCAAACACAUGUCGUCCUCUUUCUCUUCGAGCUCAAGGUCUGCUUGUUCAUCCCAGAGGCGUUGGGCUGCCACAAGCAGGUCGCUGGUGCCGUACAGGGUAGGUCCUCUUGACUACGAACCAGCGACGCCAUGCUGGUGCAAGAAGAGACCCAAGGCCGCCAUGUGGAUCUCCUAGAGCGAUGAUAACCCUGGAAGAAGAUACAAGACAUGCGCCAAGUCGCGGACUGGAGGCUGUGAAAUGUACGUGUGGCAUGACGAUCGUAUUGAGGAUCCGUUCCUCAAACAACUCCUCAUUGAUCUCCGCGACAGGGUGCGUCACUUAGAGAGGAUCAACUCAGAGUUACGAGAUGCAGCAAGUGUGGUGGCACAACAUCGCUCUACCCAGCUAGAACUACCUCCUGCUCCUAUAGACAAUUUAGCUAUGAAUCAAGGACCUGGCUAUGUCAAGGGUUUGCACUGUUCAUGCUGCUGGCAGCAUUUUGUUGCAAGUGCUUCUUCGGUUAGGAGCAGUGAACUUUUAACUGCAUCCACAAAAAAGCUUGUGUUCUAGAUGUGAUAGUUGUAACCCUAGCAGUCCAUCAGCUGUUGUUGAGUACUUGCCUUUGUUUUUGUCCUAGCAGUUGAACUUGUACCUCUGAAUGUAUGUGGUAAACUAGUGUGAACUAGUUGCAUAUGAAAUUUGGUUUCUAUCAGA